AUUUUAGACUUUGCAAAUUCUCUAUCAGGAUGUAAUUUUAUAUCACAGUAACCAUAUGUUGGAUAAUAUAUGUCUUACAAAGUACUUAAUGAAUUUGUAUGAUGCAAAAAUCAUAGAAAAAUCCAGUGAGUGUCAGUGGCUGAGAGGAAAACCUGUAUGACUGAGUUCAAGUAGACGGUUGCAGACCCAGAAGUAACUAAUGACUUGAAUUUGAUUCAGGCCGCCAUGGGUAGCCAGUGGAGCUCCCAUUUGCUGGUACCAGCUUCUUAAAUGUGAACAUUCUGGACUAGUUGAAAGGGUUUCACUCUGCGUGAAGGGAGGCCCACCAGAGGGGCAUAAGUGAACCAUGGCCUGCACCAUGGUUAUCACUCAUAUAUGGCACUGCAAAUGGGCAAAAACAUAUCAAAAAGACAGCCAACCAACCAAUAUUGUGUGACCUGAAUGUCUCUAUGUCAGGAUCCUCGAUUGGCUGAUGAAUGAAUCCUCAGUAUUAGACCUUUACAUCAAAUAACUACCUGUCAUUUCUACACCUGAGAGUAAGACUUUCAGUUGUCAUAAACAUCAUUAAUACCUCUCUGAGCCUCAUGUUUGGUGUUUAAACAGAGCAUGAAUGCAGGUGUCUUCACAGUUCUGAAAGAGACCUACAUCCAACGGGCACAUUUAUUCAGUGUUAACCAGCUUUAGGCUGUCCAACCUUUGACCUAUGCCACUGCAUGAAUGGGUCCAAAGUCUUGUCAGAUACUGUGCACAUGAAUUUCACCACUGUGUUUGAUCUUAUACCAGCACUGAGCUAACCUGUGGUAUCACUGAGCUGUUUUUUUGUUGUUGUCACCCAGUCUGUGGCAAAAAAAUGUACAACUAAAGGGACAGUGCACAGCUUGGUGACCAGGACUGUGAUGUGUCCUGUGGUCCAUUCCAGUCAAUCAUUACACACAGGGUACACAACUCCACUCAAUGUCUGGUCAGAUUUUUGCUGCACUGCCUGACUGGACUGCUGAACUGGAGCACACAUACCAGGCUUCCACUGGAAUACACAGGCUUUAUAUCCCAUUUACAACCUUCACAGGCAGUUUCUGCUCAGACCCGCUGAACUGUCCAUGGCACGUGUUCUCUCCCUGUUCCGGCCUCAGCCUUUUCUGGCCCUUGUGGGCAGGAAGAAACUCACGUUGUGCAAAAUGUCAAUGGACUCCCGGGCACGCCAGGUGUUUGCAGCUGCAGUGGAGGCUGUGCAGCCUGACGCCGUGGUCCGGCAGAGUAUAGAGCGCAAAGAGGACUCUGUCAUUAUCAAUGGUCAGAAAUUCACACUCAAACACAACCUGCACUUGGUGGGCUUUGGAAAAGCCGUACUGGGAAUGGCAGCCGAGGCAGAGAGGAUCUUGGGGGAUCACAUAGUGGAUGGGGUCAUAAGUGUGCCACAUGGGAUUCAGCAGACAUUACGGCAGCAUGGGAAAGACCAUCUUUUGUUGAAAGAAAACAGUCGCAUCAAAGUGAUGGAGGGAGCCAAACACAACUUGCCUGAUGCUGAUGCCCAGAGGGCAGCAGAGGGGAUCAAGCAGUUAGCCUGUGGACUGACUGAGAAAGACUUGCUCCUUGUACUGAUCUCAGGUGGAGGCUCUGCGCUGUUACCUGCACCCAUCUCACCAAUCUCACUGCAAGAGAAACUGGAUGUUACGCGCAAACUUGCAGGUGCUGGCGCCACUAUUCAAGAGCUGAACACUGUACGACGGGCGCUUUCUUUCUUAAAGGGUGGAGGGCUUGCACAUUAUGCUCACCCUGCACAGGUGGUUGCACUGAUACUGUCCGAUGUGAUCGGAGAUCCUCUGGACUUGAUAGCCAGUGGACCCACAGUUCGGAGUGAGGUGUGGCCUGAAGAAGUUUUGUCACUCCUUGAACAGUACAAGCUGUUGAAUUCACUUCCAGCAUCAGUAAAGGAGGUCCUUGGGAGACCAGGUCCCCGGUGGAAGGAGAAUAAGGACGAAACAGAUAAGGCAGACAGUGUUCUGAAUGUCGUGAUCGGCUCCAACACUGUUGCCCUCCAGUGUGCAGGUCGCCGUGUCCGAGAGCUAGGUUUCCGCCCUGUUGUUCUGUCACCAGGAGUGUGUGGUGAUGUAAGGUCUGUCUCCAGACUUUAUGGCCUCCUGGCCCGCUUUGCCUGCUCUCGAGAGGAACCUCCUCCUGAGAUUGCAGCUGAGGUGCUGAAGCUGGGGCCUGAGGUCGGUGUGGAGAGCUGGGACCUGUGCCGUACCAUGCAGGUCUUGGAUGAAGGGCGCACAGAGGGGUGGGGCGCUACGUGUUUGUUAGCUGGAGGUGAGCCCACUGUGGAGUUGACUGGAAAGGGUCGAGGUGGCCGAAACCAGGAACUGGCUUUGCGAGUUGGACUGGAGCUGAGAGGCAUGCAGCUCCCGCCUAAUGGUCCUGUGUUUCUGAGUGGUGGAACUGAUGGUCAGGACGGACCCACUGAGGCGGCAGGGGCCGUUACCGAUGGGGGGUUGUAUGAAGAAGCACAAGCACAGGGUCUGGACGUCAACAACUUCCUUACCAACAAUGAUUCUUACACAUUUUUCUCACGUCUUUCUGCUGGAAAACGUUUACUUGUCCCUGGUUUGACCUGCACCAACGUGAUGGAUGUACAUAUGCUACUUAUUCCACCCAUUCCCAUCAACAUAAGAUAAUACCAAAUCUGGAUUUAAAAAGUACUUUAUCUGCCUCUCUCACUUGGCAUCGUAGUACCAGGUUUUUCAGCUCUAAACUCACAUUUUUGGCCUAAGCCUAUAAAAGCCUAUAAAACUCUGUAGAUCUACAUGAAAGUGGGAUUGGUAAUGCCAUAUGAAAUUCUAUCAACCACAAAGAAAAAGGUAGAAGCGGGAAAUCAACAGUUUUGCUAUCAGUUUUGAACAAAAAACUGGGACUUAAUGCUAGUCUUUUUUUUUUUUUUUAAUCAAAGCAAAAGAAAUUUUACAGCUCCACUCUAGCAAUGACAGGCGUCAACAGCAGUAUUUUUAAGUAUAAUAUAUAAAUUUAACAUCAGUCACGCUGUUUGCACAUGACUUGCACAGUCAUAUAUUUUGCUUUACUGCUGGUCUCUUCAGGUACUCCAGGGUACCCUAAAAUAUGCUGAUUAUUCUGUUGUACAUCAUUAAAGAUUUCUGUAAAUGCA